CUUAAAAAGUGUCCACCUUGAUAACGCAAAAUAAGUUAAUAUGUCUGCUGCUCCUGAUGGUCAAUUGCCGAAAUUUAAGUACUCUGGUGAGGUACCAAAAUUGGAUAAAUCGCAAAUAGAGUUCAUGAAAAUCAUUGAGCAGCAGAAUUUGGUGCGUGUAGAAAAAUUGCGGCGCUUACGAAGAAAUAACCUAAUCACGGCCGGUAUUUUGGGAGCAUCCGUAUUGGGCAUCUAUGCCUACUCAAUGCUAUCAGUGCACCAAGAAGAUUUCUUAGAUGAUUUUGAAGAACCUAAAAAGGUGUCCAAACAAUAAACGCAGUAGUUACAUAAAGUUAUAUUAGUUUUAAGGCAUCCACGCUGAAUGAAAAAAAGAGGAGGAAGAGGAAGGUUGUUAUUGUUGUGUAAUUGCCUUUGUCCCUUUAAUUCUACAUCAAACAUUUAAGUUAAAUUUCAAAAAAUGCCACAAGCUGCUGCACGCGUUCUCGCCAGUGGCGUUCGUUUGCCGCCUAUGCCCACGCUGCGCGAUCUUGUCAAACUUUACAAGUUGCAAGCAAUCAAACACAUGAGUCAAAAUUUUAUUAUGGACGAGCGUCUGACCGAUAAAAUAGUUAAGUCUGCAGGUCGUAUUGAUAGAAGUGAUACAGUUUUAGAGGUUGGUCCCGGCCCGGGUGGUAUUACACGUUCAAUUUUAAGACGUGAACCUGGUCGUUUAGUGCUCGUCGAAAAAGAUACACGUUUUAUGCCCACACUAGACUUGCUAAAGGAAUGUGUGCGCCCACUACAUACCGAAGUGGACAUCUAUCAGGGUGACAUACUACGUUUUGAUAUAGAAAAGCAUGUACCAAUGUCUGAACAUCGUUUGCACUUGAUCGGAAACCUACCGUUUGCAAUUUCCACUCGUCUACUUAUAAAUUGGCUACAAGAUUUGUCAUUGCGGCGCGGUGGUUUUCGAUCCCUUAACACAGCUAUGACGCUAACAUUUCAGAAAGAAGUGGCCGAGCGCAUUUGUGCACCACUCGGAAAUGAUCAACGUUGUCGCUUGUCAAUUAUGUCGCAAAUAUGGACCAAACCGUAUCUAAAGUUUAUCAUACCUGGUAAAGCAUUCGUGCCGAAACCAGAAGUAGAUGUGGGCGUUGUGAAGCUGAUACCACUUAAGCAACCAAAAACCGAUUUGCCUUUUGAGCUGGUCGAACGUGUAGUACGACACAUAUUCAAUAUGCGGCAGAAGUAUUGUCGGCGCGGUUUUAGCACACUAUUUCCACCGGAAGAGCGCGAUGAAAUGACAGAUACGUCGUUCGAGUUAGCGGAUGUAGAUCCAACUGUAAGACCAUUUCAAUUGUCCGUGGAUGAAUGCUUGCGCUUGGCGACAGUAUAUGCAGACUUCAAGGAGAAACAUCCCGAAGUGGCAAGCUAUGAUUAUCGGGCCAGAAAGAAUCCGGUUGAAGAAUCUGCUGAUGGAGUAUAAGCUUUUAUUUCAAAAAAAUUUACUUUCAGAGUUACAAAAUAAACCUACAUAAAUAGUUUUGCUUGUUUCCAUAAUAAAAUAUUUACUUAAAAUUGA